AUGGCCCCACUCCAGCCAAACCCGCCCGAAGACAAUCUCCACUCCUUCGCUUUCUCCGACUGUUUCUUCCUCCAACCGCUCUCGCCAAUGGCGCCCUCUCCCUCCCCGUAUGUCUGCUUCAACUGCAGAUUGACCCCUCGAAAUGUGCUCCCUCGACUCCAAAUAUAUCGCUCGUUCUCAACGACUCGCCGGCACCAGCAGAUCCUGCGACCCGCGACAGCGCCCAAACCCACGCCGGACGUGAAGCACGUCCGCCAGAAUGCCGAGCUCUACGCACAAAAUUGCAUAGACAGGAAUUAUGCCGGUCAUGCAGAAUAUCCAUCCAGAAUUCAAGCUUUAUCCGAUGAGGCAAGGCAACUCGAUCAUGAGCUCAAGUCGCCGCGCUCGCAGAUCAAGCAGCUGGAAAAGACCAUCGCGAAGCUAUCCAUCGCGGCACGACAAGCUUCGACCGACAGCACAGAGAGUAAUGACCAAGGGAAAACAACGGCAAAAGAGCUAGAAGGCCUGAAGUCAGAAGCGCAGCGCUUAAAAGACGAGUCGCACGCCAUGAUGGCCCGCAAAUCCGACUGCACCGACGAGAUCAACCGUCUCGCCCUCUCCCUCCCAAACCUCUCAUCCUCCGAAACUCCCAUCGGCGACGACCCCCGUCUCGUCCACUAUCUUAAUUUCGACCCAGAAGCACCACCCGCCUGGACGCGUCAGUCCCCUACAGAGCUCCAAGCUCGAUCGCACGUUACCAUUGGCACCGAACUUGGUCUCCUCGACUUUACAAGCUCAGCCACAACGACAGGAUGGGGUUGGUACUUCCUGAUCAACGAGGGCGCCAUGUUCGAGCAAGCGCUCGUCCAAUACGCCUUGAGUGUAGCGCGCCGCCGCGGCUGGAAAGCCGUCUCCCCGCCGUCAAUCGUCUACUCCUACAUCGCCGAGGCAUGUGGCUUCCAGCCGCGCGAUCAGCACAAUGAGCAGCAAAUUUGGUCAAUUGAGCAGAACGAGCGCGACCGCGAUACAAAGCCACCGCGCUCGUUGACGGGAACCGCAGAAAUCCCCCUCGCCGCAAUGUAUGCCGGCCGCGACAUCAAUGCUUCCGAGCUCCCUCUUAAGUUGGUCGGUGCCAGCCGCUGUUAUCGCGCAGAGGCGGGAUCACGUGGCGUCGACACAAAGGGCCUAUACCGUGUACACGAGUUCACCAAGGUUGAGCUUUUCGGCUGGACGGAUAACCUCGCUCCCGAGGCGGCAGCAGACAAACCCACCUCGGACAUCCUCUUCGCCGAACUACUAGACAUCCAAACCGAGAUCCUCACGUCUCUCCAUCUUCCCUGCCGCGUCCUCGAAAUGCCCACUGGCGAUCUAGGCGCCAGUGCAACCCGCAAGCGCGAUAUAGAAGCGCUCUUCCCAUCACGAUUCCGCCCCACGCCUGACUCCACGAGUCCUGUCGACCCCGCCGCAUCAGAGCUCGAGUCUGCUUGGGGCGAGGUUACUUCGGCGUCCAUCUGCACUGAUUACCAGAGUCGACGUCUGGCGACUCGGGUACGUGGCGGUGCGCCCAAGGAGUCGCGUUUCCCGCAUACCGUGAAUGGAACUGCGAUGGCUGUUCCGCGGGUGUUGGCCGCUAUUCUGGAGAAUGGAUGGGAUGCGGAGCGUGGUGUGGUUGUCGUGCCGGAAGUGUUGAGACCGUGGAUGGAUGGGAUGGAGAUGAUUGGGCACCGGGAGUAG